AUGAAGAAUAUUUGUGCUUUCACUAUUUCCUUUUUGCUCCUGAAGUUUUCUCUCAUCUGGUGCUGUUUGAUUGAACCAAUUUGCUUUUGGAGGAUAAAGAAUACAGAAGAUAAUUAUGGAGAUUUGAGAAGUGACUGUGGUUUUUUCCUUUUUACAACAGAGGAACCUGUUGAAGACUAUUUUUAUACUGAUAUUUUGAAUUUUAGAAUACCAGCAAGAAGAUAUGAAUUUUUUCUCGUAAUGCUUUUUGCAACUGAUGAGAUCAACAAGAAUCCUUAUAUUUUACCCAAUAUGUCUUUGAUGUUCUCCAUUGUUGUUGACCUAUGUAAAGAUACAUUGGGAGUUCUGGAUAGAGCAUAUUCACAACAAAAAAAUAAUGUGAAUUUUAUUAAUUAUAUCUGUGAAAAAUAUCAAAUUUGUUAUGUACACCUUACAGGCCCAUCAUGGAAAACAUCCUUUAAACUGGCAAUUACUUCUAAGAAACCAAAGGUUUUCUUUGGACCAUUUAAUCCUAACCUAAGUAACCAUGACCAGUUGCCCUAUGUCCAUCAGGUAGCCAGCAAGGACACACAUUUGUCCCAUGGCAUGGUCUCCUUGCUGCUUCAUUUUAGAUGGACUUGGAUAGGACUGGUCAUCUCAGAUGAUGACCAGGGCAUUCAGUUUCUCUCUGAUUUAAGAGAAGAAAUGCAAAGGCAUGGGAUCUGCUUAGCUUUUGUGAAUAUGAUCCCAGAAACCAUGCAGAUAUACAUGACAAAGGCUAUGAUAUAUGAUAAUCAAAUUAUGACCUCUUCAGCAAAGAUUGUUAUCAUUUAUGGUGAAAUGAACUCUACUUUAGAAGUCAGCUUUAGAAGGUGGGAAUAUUUAGGUGUUCAGGGAAUCUGGAUCACAACUUCACAAUGGGAUGUUAUCAUAAAUAAAAAGAAAUUCAGCCUUGAUUUCUUCCAUGGGACUGUCACUUUUGCACACCAAGGAGGUGAGAUCACCAAAUUUAGGAAUUUUACUCAAUCUUUGGACACUGACAAAUACCCAGUAAACAUUUCUGAUUCUAUACUGGGGUGGAAUUAUUUUAAUUGUUCAAUCUCUAAGAACACCAACAAAAUGGAAUAUUUUAAAUUCAACAGCACACUGGAAUGGACGGCAUUGCACCAAUUUGACAUGGGCCUGAGUGAAGAAGGUUACAAUUUGUAUAAUGCUGUGUAUGCUGUGGCCCACACCUACCAUGAACUCAUUCUUCAACAAGUAGAAUCUCAGAAUCUAGCAGAAUACAGAGGAUUAUCUACUGACUGUCAGCAGGUGUCUUCCUUGCUGAAGACCAGGGUGUUUACUAACCCUGUUGGAGAACUGGUGAACAUGAACCAUAGGGAAAAUCAAUGUGCAGCAUAUGACAUUUUCGUCAUUUGGAAUUUUCCACAAGGCUUUGGAUUAAAAGUAAAAAUAGGAAGCUAUAUUCCUUGUUUCCCACAGAUGCAACAACUGCACAUAUUUGAAAACGUGGAGUGGACUACAGGAGGAUCUUCGGUUCCCUCAUCCUUGUGUAGUGAGCCAUGUACUGCUGGAUUUAGGAAAAUUCAUCUUAAAGAAACAGCGGACUGCUGCUUUGAUUGUGUUCAGUGCCCAGAAAAUGAGGUUUCCAAUGAAACAGCAGAUAUGGAACAUUGUGUGAGGUGCCCAGAUGAUAAGUAUGCUAACUUGGAGCAAACCCACUGCCUCCAAAGAGCUGUGUCAUUUCUGGCUUAUGAAGAUCCACUGGGAAUGGCUCUAGGUUCCGCUGCUCUAUCUUUCUCGGCCUUCACAAUUGUAGUACUCUUCACUUUUGUAAAGUACAAAGAUACUCCUAUUGUGAAGGCCAAUAAUCUCAUUCUCAGUUACAUCCUGCUCAUUUCUCUAGUCUUCAGUUUUCUCUGCUCAUUGCUCUUCAUUGGACAUCCCAACCAGACCACCUGCACCCUGCAGCAGAUCACAUUUGGAGUAUUUUUUACUGUGGCUGUUUCUACAGUAUUGGCCAAAACAAUAACUGUGGUCAUGGCUUUCAAGCUCACUACUCCAGGGAGAAGAAUGAGAGGGAUAUUGACAUCGGGGGCACCUAACUUGGUCAUUCCCAUUUGUACCCUAAUCCAAGUUGUUCUCUGUGGCAUCUGGUUGGUAACAUCUCCUCCCUUUAUUGACAGAGAUAUGCAAUCUGAACAUGGAAAGACUGUCAUUAUUUGCAACAAAGGCUCUGUCAUUGCCUUCCAUGUUGUCCUGGGAUAUUUGGGUUCCUUGGCUCUGGGGAGCUUCACAAUGGCUUUCCUAGCUAGGAACCUUCCUGAUAGAUUCAAUGAAGCCAAGUUCCUAACUUUCAGCAUGCUGGUGUUCUGCAGUGUCUGGAUCACCUUCCUUCCUGUCUACCAUAGCGCCAGGGGAAAGGUCAUGGUGGUUGUGGAGGUCCUCUCCAUCUUGGCCUCUAGUGCAGGGUUGCUAGGUUGUAUCUUUGUCCCGAAGUGUUAUGUUAUUGUAGUUAGACCAGAUUCAAAUUUCAUACGGAAGUACAAGGAAAAAUUGUGUCAUUGA